AUGCACUGGCUUCAUAAACACGUGAAAUACAUUGAAAGUUUUAGCACAGCUGUAUGGUACGAAGCGGUAUACGCUUCCGAAGUGUGCAGUGAAUUGCUUGGAGGCAUGUGCAGCAGUUGCUCUGAAAGAGCGGAACCUGGGCGAGCAGCCGCUGCUGGGCCACCCGCGCCGCACACGGGCGGCCUUCCCGCCCUCCCCCGCAGCGCGGGGCCCGCGGGGAGGGGGGGGUUGAGGAGGAGGAAGCCCGUACAGGCAGUACCCACCGCGCUAGGAGAGCCAGCCCGGAUCGCCCGCGGCGCCCUGCGCGGUCCGGAGGGGAGGGUCCUGGAGGAGGGGCGGCCCGAGCCCCAAUCUGGAAAGGCCAACUCCGCUCUGCGGCCGGGCCCCAGCCUAGAAGGAAACGGAAGUCCCUUCGUCUCCCGCAGGCGCACCCACCAGCCCGCCCAUCGCCCGGAGGAACCCCGAGUCCAUGGCAGGGCCUCAAACAGACACCCGCCACUGUCGCUCAAGCUCACGGCCCCGGCCUCGCCACGGGUGUGUCUGACCACUACCUGGUCUCCUGGACUGGCCUCUCUAUCCCUAGGACUGGUCCCCAGCAUUACAGCCUGUACAAGGCCAUGGAUGCAGGUGAUUCAGUCCAGUAGAAAAGACUGCACCCAAGGCUCUGUGCCUAGUGUGGAGCCCAAUGCAGGGCCUGAACUCAUGACCCUGAGACCAAGACCUGAACGGAGAUCAAGAUUCAGAAGCUCAAACCAACUGAGCCAUCCAGGUGCCCCAAACCUGGAACAUCUUUUAUGUCAUAAAAUCACCAACUACUUAACUCUGGUGUUGUAG